AUGACAUUUGGGUUUGAUAAAUUCAUAAGCAAGGUUAGCACUCAUAGACGUCAAUCUGAACCAUCAAUCUUGGAAAUUGCUGCCACUAAUUCUCAAAAUAAAUCGAGAAGGCUAAGUAUGGAUAAUGGUCAUUGUUAUGUUCGAGAAUCAACUAAUCAUCAUCAUUUAAAUAAUGUUGUUGAUAAUUUACGACAGCGUGCUGGGUCAUUUUCAUUUAUUUCCCACCAACAUCAUCAAAAUAAUUACGAUAAUUAUACUGUUGAUCCCCUCACAUCUAAUGGGGCAAGAGUAUCCCGAUCCCGUUCACGUUCUAAAUCAGUUGGACAUGGAGAAGCAAUAUCACCAGCUUAUUUUUCCAAAAAUAAAACUAAAGAUUUAGUGAAACAAGAAACAGCACAUAUCAUUCUGAAGAAAUUACUCAACAUGUUACAAGAUUUGGAUUUACAAAACCCUAUUGCGUUGAAGACAAUAUCACAAGGAUCAGAAACGAAAUUUUGUAAAGUUUAUGUGUCCAACACUAAUAAUUGUAUUUAUUUACCAGCAGCAAGCUCAACAAGUUUUACUUAUGAAGACGAUGAAAAUGGGGGUGUAAUAAUCGCCGAGGAUAGGAAUGACGACCAAAUACCAAUGUCUACUAAUACCAUACUGCCAGUUGACAGUACAAAUCAUUCACAAACUGAUUUCCUGGAUUCUCCACCACCACCAGAUUUAUUUUCUAAAAUGAAAUCAUUCCAUUCACCAAAUUACUUGACUUCAAAGAUAGAUUCAGAAUGUCCAAUUCCCCAUACAUUUGCUGUGAUUAUUGAAUUAACUAAAGAUUCCUUGAUUAUCAAAGAUCUUCAUUUCCAAUUUCAAUCUUUAACCACUAUAUUAUGGCCAACAGGGGAUACAUAUAAUCGUACUCAUGCCAAAGAGAAAUUUCCUAUUGGAAACAUGGAAUGGCGCACUUCUUUGAGUGAUGCUGAUUAUUAUAUUAAUAGUUCUAAUUCUAAUGAUGUUAAACUGAAAAAUUUAGGACCAGAAGACCUUAUUAAUCGGACUAGAGAAUAUAAAUUAAUUAAUAUUGAUGAACCCAAAAGUUCAUCAAAUAGUUUACUGGAUGAUGAUUUGGAUAUAAAUAAUAUUACAUCACCUUUAUCAACUUCACCAACAUCAAGUUCAACAUCAACAAAUUCAACAUCUAAUUCUUCUACCCCUGAUUCAUAUAAAGCUGGUCUUUAUGUAUUUUUGUUACCCAUUUUAUUACCAGAACAUAUACCUGCUUCAAUUGUUUCUAUUAAUGGUACAUUAGCCCAUACAUUACUGGUUGAAUUCAAUAAAUAUACUGAUAAGUUCAAUCGGAAAUCAAAAGUGUCAGCAUCUUAUAAUUUACCUAUGGUUCGUACUCCACCAAAUAUUGGUAAUUCAAUUGCUGAUAAACCAAUAUAUGUCAAUAGGGUUUGGAAUGAUGCCGUACAUUAUAUUAUAACUUUCCCAAGAAAAUAUGUCACUUUAGGUUGUGAACAUAUGAUAAAUGUGAAAUUACUGCCAAUGGUGAAAGAUGUGGUUAUUAAACGUAUUAAAUUUAAUGUAUUGGAGAGAAUAACUUAUGUUUCGAGGAACUUAUCACGAGAAUAUGAUUAUGAUAGUGAAGAUCCAUUUUGUAUUCAUCCUGCUUGUAAAGAGAAUAAAGUUCGUGAAAGAGUUGUAUCAUUGUAUGAAUUGAAAACGAAAAGCAAACAAUCUUCUGGUGGAUAUCUUGAGGCAUAUAAACAAGAAGUUAUAAAAUGUCCAGAAAACAAUCUUUUAUUUUCUUGUUAUGAAAUUGAGAAUGAUAAUAAUUGUAACCACCACCCCAAAAAUGUCAAACAAAAGAAUAAUAAAGAUCAACCAAUGAUUGCUACACCUUUAGAGAUUAAUGCUUCUUUACCAUUUUUAACUACCAUGUCUGAUAGUUUAAUCAUGACAUCAGCCAUAGAAGAAGAAGGUUCAGAUCUGCCUCAUACAUCAAGAAGGGGAUCAACCAUCAGUAUGAAUGAUAAUAAUAGUACCAACAACAACAACAACAACAACAACAACAACAACAACAACCCUUUAUCUCCACGUUUAGGAGCCGUGGAAACUAGUGGUGCUAGUUUAAAUGAAAUUGGUGAUCAUACAUUAUUCCCUGAUUCUAAUUUUCGACAUAUUGAAAUAAAACAUCGAUUACAAGUUACUUUCCGAAUUUCUAAACCUGAUAUUGAUAAUAAAAUGCAUCAUUAUGAAGUGGUUAUUGAUACACCCAUUGUUUUACUUAGUUCAAAAUGUCAAGAAGAUUCUCCUCCUCCUUAUAGUUCUGUAUAA